GUGACAGUGAACACACGCUUAGACGGAAUUCUCUAGGCGAGUACUGGAACCCCCAGCAGCGCUUAGUCAGUUCGUUUGAGAUCUCCAAAAACUAGUAUUAAUAUCCAAUCAUGCAGUCUCUGAUUGUACUAGCGGCCGCUCUGUGCGUUGCGCACGCGUCUUACUACGCGGGCCCACCGGCGCAUAUCCAGCUCAGCCCGGACGGCCAGCACGUGCUGGACACGCCGGAGGUGGCGCACGCUAAGGCCGCGCACCUCGCCGCGCACGCGCAGGCCUCCUCCGCGCACGGCGCCUGGGCCCCCGCCGCCGCUCAUGGAGGCUGGGCCGCGCCCGCGUACGCCGCCGGCGCGCACUACGGCGCACCCGCUGCUGGUCUCUACAAAUACGGCCCCGCUCCUCUCGCGCACGACGGUCGCGUGAUCGACACCCCCGAGGUGGCGCACCUGAAGGCCGCCCACAUCGCCGCGCACAACGCCGCGCACGCGCAGGCCUCGCACGCCGCCGUCGCGCCCUACCACGGCGCCGGCCUCGGAGCCGGACUCGGCGCGGGACUCGGCGCGGGCUACGGCGCCGGCUACGGCUACCACAAGUGGACCGGCCCCCAGGCCCACAUCCAGCUGACCCACGACGGCCAGUACGUGGUGGACACGCCCGAGGUCCAGCACGCACGCGCCGCUCACCUGUCGCAGUACGCCGCCGCCGCCCACGCCGCCGCCUCCGCGCCCGAGGAGCCCUGGGGCGCCCACGGCGCUCACGGCUGGCACUGACUACCUCCGACCCGCUUCCGUCCCUGAAUCAUUUUUAUACAAAACGAGAAAACCCAAAAAAAUGUUAGCUGUAUAUAACUGCUGUAUAGCGACGCGCCUACUACUUUAAAUGACUUUUGCGAAUAAAGUCUUAAUGUU